CAAGGCGGCAGUCCCACCAGUUAGUCCUCUCUCCUAAACCUCUGAGGGCUCUAAAAAUUUGUUAGGCAAAACCCAAAGAAACAGUAACUCAGUCGGUGCUGAUCGGCCAUGGCGGAUCCCUUGACAGUCGACGGCGCCGACGAGGAUGAAAUCCUCUCAAAAUCGGAGUUUCUAAGUCGGGAAGAGGUGCUACGCCGACGCUCCCGCCGGGUGAAACAGCUUGCGAAGCUCUACCGAAUGCACUACUGGGCACUGAUGGAGGAACUCAAGAAUAAGCACAAAGAAUACUACUGGAAGUAUGGAAAGAGCCCAUUCAAGAAAGACGAUAUAAAGCAUACUGAUUGUGGUGCGAGCCAGAGAACCGACGAGGACGGCGGGAAGUUAGGGUUUGCCUCGGUCACACAAUGUGCUUCGGCUAAUUGUAAGAAGAAGGCGAUGCCUCUCAGUGGGUUUUGUCAUUCGCAUAUUUUGGCUGAUUCCAAGCAGGUGCUCUAUAAGGGCUGUAAUUAUCCUGUCAAGAGUGGGCAGAUAUGUGGGAUGCCAGUUUUAAGAUGCAUUAAUCCUCCCCAGUGCGCCACCCAUUCCCAGCUUGCUGAAAGAUAUCUUGUACGAGCCCUGAGGAGGGCAGGUCUUAAUGUCUCUUCAUCAAGUAAGGUUGCUCCCAAGCUACAUAUUGUUGUUGCUGAUUAUGUUCGCCAAAUCCAAGCUAAAAGGAGAGCUGCACAAGGAGUAAGUGAAACAAAAAUUGUGGUCAAGGAGGAGAAAACCAAUUAAAGCAAAAGAUUCUUCUGCAUAUACUCAUUCAGCCAAUAGAUUUUCAAGUUUAGAGCUGUUGGUGGAUUUCAGGAUUUAAAGUCUAGGGUGAUUAAGAUCUGAUUGGGACACUCAACUUGUGCCUUGGAGAUUGAUUGUGUAUAUUGAGGUAGCUUUUACUAUUCUCUCAUUUUUUAAAUUUUUUAUUCAGCCAAAGAUGAUAAAUUGAUUAAGGUGCCCUGCUCAUGAAAACAAAUGGGAAGUAUACAGGUUAAAAUUUUGAUUGAAAUUGUAAUUCUUAAUUUACUUAGAAUGAGACAGAAGACAUUUUGAAAUUCAUUCAUUUAUUGAAACUGGACUAAAACGUCAUUCUCUUG